GAACAGGAAAGGCGAAGAAGAAACAGACGACCACCGACAGACAGGCCAAAAAGAAAGAAUCAAGAACGAUGCCGUCUCGACUCGUCAUCUCAACAGCCCGCAAGGCCAUCUCGGCGUUGUGUCCAGCGCAGCCCUCGCAGCGAUGCAUUGCGAGUGCUUCGUCGCUUUCGCUUCCCCUCCGCGUGAGACCCGCGACGAUGAGCAGCGGGUUCCAGCGCCGGUUCAAUUCGACUUCGAACAAGGACGCGAAAGAAGGAAGCAAGGAUCCCGCCGCGCCGCUGCCCAGCGUCAACGAGGAGGCUGCCGAGAUCGAGAAGAUCAUGCAUCGCAAAUGUGAUGGGGGGGUUCCUGCGACGCCGGAGCUGGAGCAGGGGUCGCCUAUUGCGGAGAUCCUCAACCGUGACGAGGAAGCGAAGAAACAUAUGCCCAAGGUGAUGCAGGAUCAGAUCAAGGCUAGCAAGGGAACACGGUCCUUUUCGACUUUUGCACGCCGGCAGACCGACAUCGAGGCUGUUUCUUCUCCCUUGUCGGUCUCGGCCCAGACAGAGCUGGAACUCGAGCCCGGGUUGAAGUUUGCGGCUCCGAGUCUGCUGGCGAAGACGGAGAACUUUCGUCGUCGGUACGACACGCUGCUGGAGCAGUUUACCAAGUUGCUGAUGCGGGAUGGGAAGCUGAGUGUUGCUCAACGGCACAUGUCGGCUAUUAUUGACCACCUUCGCACCUCCUCCCCGCCCACGCUUCACCCCAAGCGGCGUCUGCUUGCCGGGCCCCCCGGUCCUCAGCUCCCGUUGAACCCCGUGCUGUACAUGACGAUGAUUGUCGACUCGGUCGCGCCGCUGAUCAAGAUCCGGCAGCAGCGGGGCAUCAUCGGUGGCGGCGCGGCCAUCCAGAUCCCCGUGCCGCUAUCGCUGCGGCAGCGCCGCCGUACGGCCAUCCGCUGGAUCGUCGACGCCUCGGACAAACGGCGGGAUAGCCAUUUCGCGCAGCGUGUCGCCAACGAGCUGAUUGCUGUGGCGGAGGGGCGGAGCGGUGUCUGGGACCGCAGGGAGACGGUCCACAAGCUGGGUGUUGUCGGGCGUUCGAACCUGGCUCUCAUGAAUAGUCGCCGGACGGUCUAUGUAUUGAUCGAAGUGGCUGUACCUCUUCCGCCUGCGCAGAGCUUCGAGCUCGUCGAAUUCACGCCCCUCACCGAGUCGACCAGGCCACCACGAGAGACAGCGAGGGGGCCAAACAGGCAGGAAAAACGAGGAGGCAGCGAGCAGGCAGAGCGAGGGCAGCGUCGACUGCGUUUCUGGGUCCAGGCGCUCCGAUUACGUGCCCGGCGAGAGAAUACUGCGGCGGCCAGAGACAAGAUGAAGUUUUCGCAUAGUUUGCAGUUCAAUGCUGUACCGGAAUGGAGUACCCAUUAUAUUGCGUACAGCAAUCUGAAGAAACUGAUCUACACGUUGGAAAAACAAGCACACAGAGAUGGUCAGACGGCGGCAGAUCUCGAAUCGGCUCCCCUGUUAGACAGCUCGAGGGAUCCGGAUAGCGUCUUCCGGCGGGCGCUCGACGUGGAGCUCGAAAAGAUCUGUGCAUUUUACCGGGUUAAGGAGCUGGAAAUCCUGGCAGACGUCGAUGAGUUGAUCGUUGACCAGGAUGCGUUUGCCCUCGACACCGCGGAUAUGGACAUGGGCCCCGUCACCGAGACGGUGAUCAAGGCGCGCUCGCGGGCCUCGCGUAUGGGGAGUUUGUUUCGUGCCCGGCAGGCAAGCACAGUCAGCGAAGAGGACAUGAAUCUACGGGCAGCGGUGACGGGAGAUGAGGACGAAGACGAAGAUAGUGACGACGAGGAGCAGUCGCUGUCCGAACAACAGCAACAGCAGCAGCAGAAGCUGCCCCCGCGUUUACACGGCGAUGACGAGACUGUUCCCAGCGAGAUGACAGAUUCGAACCUGCUCGAGUACUCGCGCACACUGGACCCUAUGGGCCGCCCCGGGCGGCCCUUUGACGAUCCACGCUUUCUUGCCCUUUAUAACACCGGGGUGUCGUUGAAGAAACGCGCGGUAGAGGUCUACGUUGCGCUAUGUGGGCUCAAAUCGUACAUCCAACUCAACCGCACGGGCUUCACCAAGAUCCUCAAGAAGUACGACAAGACUCUCGACCGCAGCCUGCGCCGCGAGUAUUUGGCCCUGCAUGUCGCCGCGGCAGCCCCCUUUCUCGACACGACCAUGCAGCGCAUUGACGAGCACAUCUCCCGCAUCGAGCACGCCUACGCCCAGAACAUCACCAAUGGGGACGUGGGCCUUGCGCGCCGCGAGCUGCGCCUGCACCUGCGCGAGCACGUUGUCUGGGAGCGCAACACCGUCUGGCGGGAGAUGAUCGGUAUCGAGCGGAAGGCCCAGGCUGCCAAUGUCGGCAUCCGCCGCACGUUACUCGGGGGGGAGCAGGAUCCCGCUGCCUCGCGCCGCCAGGGCGAUGGCGAGCCUGACGAUGAGACUCGUGCGGCCAAGGAGCUUUCCACCCCUCUGGGCCGGUAUCGCGUGCCACAGUGGCUGUGUAGUCUCAGCUUCGUCACCUUGCUGGCCAUCGUCCUCAUCUUUGCCCUGCUGCUCUCCGUCCCCAUCAUGGACCGGCCCGAGCAGCAGAAUUGUCUGGCAAUGCUAGUCUUUGUCAGUUUGCUGUGGGCUACUGAGGUAAUUCCGCUCUUUGUCACCUCCCUCCUGAUCCCCUUUCUGGUUAUCCUGCUGGGCAUCAUGCGAGCCGAGGAGAAGCCGCACGAGCGACUGGCCCCCAAGCAGGCGACAAAGGUGGUGUUUGCAGCGAUGUGGACCCCCGUGAUCAUGCUCCUGCUGGGCGGGUUCACGAUUGCGGCGGCCCUGUCGAAGCACGACAUUGCGCGGCGGAUGGCGAUGCUGGUGCUGAGCCAGGCCGGCUCGCAGCCGCGGGCGGUGCUGCUGACGAGCAUGUUUGUGAGCAUGUUCCUGAGCAUGUGGAUCAGCAACGUCGCGUCGCCCGUGCUCUGCUAUUCGAUCCUGCAGCCGCUGCUGCGCAACCUGCCACCCGAUUCCACCUUUGCGCGCGCGCUGGUCCUGGGCAUCGCACUGGCGGCCAAUGUCGGCGGUGCGGCCUCGCCCAUCGCCUCGCCGCAGAACAUCAUCGCCCUGCAGAACAUGUCGCCCAGCCCGAGCUGGGGCACGUGGUUCUUCGUCGCUUUACCCGUCUGCAUCAUCUCCAUCCUCCUCAUCUGGGUGCUCCUGCUGGUCACUUUCCCCAGCGGCAACACCACCAUCGUCCCCAUCCGCCCUGUCCGCGACCGCUUCUCGGGCGUCCAGGUGUUCAUCAGCCUGGUCACCUUGACCACCAUCGCCCUGUGGUGCGCCAGCCACCAGCUGGAGCACAUCUUCGGCGACAUGGGCGUCAUUGCCAUCAUCCCGCUGGUGGUCUUCUUCGGCACAGGCAUCCUCACCAAGGAGGACUUCAACAAUUUCCUCUGGACCAUUAUCAUUUUGGCCGCCGGCGGACUCGCCCUGGGUUCCGCCGUGACCUCCUCGGGCCUUCUGCACACCAUUGCGCGCGCCAUCACCGCCCGCGUCGCCCACUUCAGUCUCUACGGCGUGUUGCUCGUGUUUGGUGCCUUGAUCCUCGUAAUUGCCACCUUCAUCUCCCACACUGUCGCCGCCCUGAUCAUCCUCCCGCUUGUUCGCCAGAUCGGCGCAGGCAUGGCUGAUCCCCAUCCCAAUCUGCUCGUCAUGGCCAGUGCCCUGAUGUGUUCCGUGGCCAUGGGCUUGCCGACGAGCGGAUUUCCAAACAUGACCGCCAUUAUGACCGAAGUCCCCCAGACCGGCCAGCGGUACCUCCAAGUACGCCAUUUCCUGACUCGCGGCAUUCCGGCGAGUAUUCUAUCCUUCAUGGUGAUUGUGACGAUUGGCUAUGGCUUGAUGUACGUGGGGGGGUUGUAGAAGUUUUAGAGGGACGUAGAGGAGUUUACGGUUGCUUUGAUUUAUAUAUUACUCUUUUAUACUCUGUAUAGUCAAUCGUAUAUUUAUCUCGAUCGUUGUCACCGAUUUAUGAGCACAGUGAUAGCAUAGAUUGAAAUUGAGAAGAAAAAUUGAUAGAUUCAUUCGGCAAAAUUAU